CACGCAGCUCCAUUCACAAGCCGCGCUCCCUCCUCUCCCUGCAGGCUGGUGGAUCUCACUCAACUCAGCCUAAAUGACCACAAACGGUUAACGGAUGGAUUAUAAGAUGGAUGGAUAUUUGGACCAGCAAGUGCCUUACACUUUAGCAAAUAAGUCGCAUGGAAAUGGGCCCCUAAAUAGACUCUUGAUGGCAGCGAAAAGGAAAUACAUGGACACAGAGUUACCCCCUCAGGAAUCUGAAGACCUCUUCCAGGAUUUAAGCCAACUCCAGGAGACAUGGCUCACAGAAGCUCAGGUUCCUGACAGCGAUGAGCAAUUUGUUCCUGAUUUCCACUCGGAGAACUCGGUGGCAUUUCACAGCCCUCCAGUCACGAUCAAGAAGGAACCGCAGAGCCCGGGCUCCGACCCCAGCCAGUCCUGCAGCCACAAGCAGAGCUUCAGCUUCCCCAGUGGAGAGCAGUGCCUUUAUGCCAGUGCCUAUGAGCAGAAAAGGGCUGCAGGGGGAGCCAAGAGCUCCUGCCCAGGGACCCCCAUGUCUCCUAUGCAGCAGCAUUACUCCCCAAAACCCGCCACGGCCGGACGGCCCGACGCUGGCUACAUGAACCCUGCUGCCACCUCCCAGCCACUGCCCACCAACAGUUACCCCAUCAACAGUUCCAGGUAUCAGGGCCCUUCAGGAGACCCCAUGGGCCCCCAGUUCCCACCACCAGGGCAGGCCUUUCAGCGCAUGCCAUCUGCCCCAGCGGGACCGGGCGGCAGCGGAGCAGGAGGAGGCGGGGGCGGAGGGCCGGGGGGCGGAGGCGGCAGCGGUGGUGGUGGAGGUUAUCACCGGCAGCACUCCGACCCCUGCAUGCCCUACCUGCAGCAGAGCUUUAAGCAAGAAUACCUGGACCCGUUGUAUGAGCGGGUGGCUCACAUGGCAGGGUCUGGGCACGGGCACGGACCUCAACCCCACCCGCAUCCACACCCGCACCCACACAGGUUCCCACCAGCCCACAUGAUGGUCAAGCAGGAGCCCACAGACUACAUUUACGAACCCGAUGUGCCUGGAUGUCCCUCUAUGUACCACCACAGUGAGGGCUACCCGAACCCCCAGCACAGCAAUGAAGGCUAUCUGUUUGAAAACGACUCCCGUGUGGUUCCAGAGAAGUUUGAAGGUGAGGUGAAGCAGGAGGGUGGUGGCGUUUUUCGUGAGGGCACGCCUUACCAGCGCCGUGGCUCUUUGCAGCUCUGGCAGUUCCUGGUGGCCCUGCUGGAUGACCCGGGCAACGCCCACUUCAUCGCGUGGACGGGCCGCGGCAUGGAGUUCAAGCUCAUUGAACCUGAAGAGGUCGCCAGGCUGUGGGGCAUGCAGAAGAACCGUCCAGCCAUGAACUACGACAAGCUCAGUCGCUCUCUGCGCUAUUACUAUGAGAAGGGAAUCAUGCAGAAGGUGGCAGGCGAGCGCUACGUUUACAAGUUCGUGUGCGAGCCCGAGGCGCUCAUCUCUCUGGCCUUCCCCGACAAUCAGCGGCCCAGCCUGAAGGCCGAGUUCGAGCGCUACGUCAACGAGGAGGACACGGUGCCCCUGUCUCACCUGGACGAGGGCGUGCCCUACACCCCGGAACAAGCCCCCCAAAACAUGGGCCCCCAGCCCUACUCCAAAGGCUACAUGUACUAAAGCCAGCCCUCACCCUCGACCCCACCCUCUCCUUCAGAAAUCUUCCUGUUGUACCAACCCAUCAUCAUACACACCCUGAACCCCCAUGCACCUCUUGCACAUGCCCCCCCCAUCCACUUGUAUAUAAGGCUACGGUGUUUUGUUUUAAAUUAAUCUCAUUAGGGAUUUUUUUUGUUUGUUUUUAUUGCAUUCCUCUCACAUCUGAGGCCUAUUCAUCCAUAAACAUGACUGUGGUUGAAGAGAUUGCUUAAUAAAUACCCAUAAUA